AUGGCGAACAAGCUCUUCCUCGUCUCCGCAACUCUUGCCUUUUUCUUCCUCCUCACAAACGCUUCCAUCUACCGUACGAUUGUUGAGUUUGACGAUGACGCCAUCAACCCAGUGGGUCCCCAAGGCCCAAAACAGAAAUGUCAGAAAGAGUUUCAGCAAUCACAGCACCUAAAAGGUUGCCAGCAAUGGAUCCAAAGGCAAUCGAUGAAACCUGGUUCUGGUCCAAGCCUAAACGACGAGCUCGAUUUCGAAGACGACUUCGCGAACCCACAAGGUCCACAGCAGCAACACCCGCUCCUCCAGAAAUGCUGCAGCGAGCUUCGCCAGGAAGAGCCAGUUUGCGUUUGCCCUACCUUGAAACGAGCAGCCAAAGCGGUUCAGGUCAGGACACAGGGACAGCAGCAAGGACAACACAAUGUUGGCCGUAUCUUCCAGACCGCUAAGAAUUUGCCUAAUGUUUGCAACAUCCCACAAGUUGAUGUUUGUCCCUUCAAGGCCGUCCCUUCCUUCCCUCCCUACUACUAG